UGAUCCAUGGUUAUGGAUCAAAGCCAUAACCUAUGAAGACAGAGAGAGAAGCCACUGAAUAUUUACUAAAGGUUACAGUAUUAACCUAUUAAGUAUUAACCUAUUAAUGACAUGAUCAUAGAUAACAGCAAGCACUUGCUCAAGCACACCUACAAGAAAAGCAUUAUUCUUACUUUUAACGCCAUAUUUUGAGGAAACAUGCCAGCCAUGCGUCAUGCCAAGAACAGCCAGUUGGUUCUACCUCGCCUGCUCAACUCUGGGUCUUCCAGAUACCAGGUGGAGUCAUUGCUCGGACAGGGCUAUUUUGGAACGGUCGUAAAGUGCAAGAAUCUGGACGACAAGAGCAUCGUCGCCAUCAAAAUGAUUAAACUGCGUGUCGAUAAUAGGAAGAGGGUAAAUCAAGAGGUAAGAAACAAAACUGUGUGCUUAUUAUAGUUUAAGUUAUAACAUCCUGCAUCUAUAUCCACACAUGUGUACUGCCUUGUUUAAGUUUACCUGUGUAAAGCUGAUACACAAUCUUUGUGAUCACCUGUCAUGUGUCUCCAGGUGGCUACUCUGAAGAAACUUAAAUCGCUGGACUUGAGCAAACACAACAUUGUUCAGUGGAACCAGUACUUCAUUGACAGAGGACACAGUUGCCUGGAGUUUGAGCACCUAGACAGAAGUCUUUUGAAUUUCAUGGAGGAACGCAAAUUCCGACCUCUCCUUGUGAAAGAGAUAAGACCAAUUGUCCAGCAGGUUGCCCAAGCACUGAAACACUUGAAGGCUGUAGGGAUUAUCCAUACAGACCUCAAGAUGGAUAACAUCAUGUUGGUUGAUCAGCUACGGCAGCCCUACAGAGUCAAGUUGAUCGACUUCGGACUAGCGCAUGAGGUGUCAGCUGCUGUGACGGGGUCAUACCUGCAGCCCCGUGCAUACCGAUCUCCAGAAAUCUUGUUGGGGAAUCGCUUCUCAGUUGCCAUAGACAUGUGGUCUCUGGGCUGCACAGCCGCUGCUCUUUACCUCGGCUCCGUGCUCUACCCUGGUUUGGGUGAAUAUGAAAUGAUCAAGUUCAUCAUGGAGACUCAGGGCCAGCUCCCCGACACCAUGCUGGAUAAAGGACGUAAGACUCGAAAAUAUUUCAGGAGAGCAGUCAACUCCACCACCUCCCACUGGCAACUCAAGACACCAGACGAGUACCGCAGAGCAACGGGGAAGCAGCCAAUGGAGAACAGGUCUUUUAAGUUCAGCUCCCUGGACCACCUCGUGGAUGUCCAACCCAUCAACUCACACAACUCUGCAGACAGAGUUGCGGAGAUAUCCGACGUCAACAUGUUUGUGGACAUGCUGAAGGCGAUGCUUCAGCUCAAUCCCAACACAAGGGCCACACCCUAUGAGUUGCUGGAGCAUAAAUUCAUCAGCAUGCAUCACAUCGCCAGCAUGAGGAAAAAAAGCAGCUAUGUCUUGUCCUGUUUUCAAAUGAUGGAAAUCCAGACUUCUGACAGUAGCACAGCUGGUGGGCCACUGGUGCAGCCCCAGUGCACCGCUACCGGCCUCGUCCAGCCGAAUCCCCCAUCUCAUGCUGGGUCGGGAAAAACUCACCAGCCCCAGCACACCAGCCGACUUCCCUGCACCAGCACCCAGUUCAAAGGUACUGAUGAGUCGAAUAUUAAAAGGAGCCUCCAGGGAAAUUGUGACUUCAGCUCCAGAAUACAUGAUUAUUGGCACACUCGCCAGCGUCGGCCGGGUCAGAGGACCAGGCCGGCUGAGCACCAUCAGCCCAGUGCGGGUCCUUCGGACCGCACCAGGACCGAGGGUCAGGUUCAGUCGGGACUGAGAAGAGGUGAUCAUGACUAUGUGCCGUCACACAAGGACAGGAGUCAAAGAGACAGAAAUGUCAGAUCCUCCACCAGAGAUUAUCAUUGGGACACUCGCCAGCGUCAGCCGGAUCAGGGGACCAGGCCGGCUGAGCACCAUCAGCCCAGCACUCGUCCUUCGGACAGGACCAGGACCGAGGGUCAGGCUCAGUGGAGACUGAGAAGAGGUGAUCAUGACGAUGUGCCGUCCCACCAUGACAGAAGGAAAAGAGACAGAAAUGUCAGAGCCACCGGCAGAGAUGAUUAUUGGCACACUCGCCAGCGUCAGCCGGAUCAGAGGACCAGGCCGGCUGAGCACCAUCAGCCCAGCACUCGUCCUUCAGUAAGCACCAGGACCGAGGGUCAGGCUCAGUGGAGACUGAGAAGAGGUGAUCAUGACGAUGUGCCGUCACACCAUGACAUAAGGAAAAGAGACAGAGAUGUCAGAGCCACCGGCAGAGAGGAUUAUUUGCACACUCAGCAGCGUCAGCAGGAUCAUAGGACCAAGCCUGCUGAGCACCAUCAGCCCAGCGCGGGUCAUUUGGACAGCACCAGGACUGAGGGUCAGGCUCAGACUGGACUGAAAAGAAAAAGAGAUGGUCCUGACGAUGUGCUGUCACAAAAUGACGGAAGGAAAAGAGACAGAAAUGAUAGAGCCGACGGCAGAGAUUAUCAUUGGGACACUCGCCAGCGUCGGCCGGAUCAGAGGACCAGGCCUGCUGAGCACCAUCAGCCCAGCACGGGUCCUUCAGACAGCACCAGGACCGAGGGUCAGGCUCAGUCGGGACUGAAGAGAAAAAGAGACGAUCAUGACGAUAUGCUGUCUCAACAUGACGGAAGGAAAAGGAAGAAAUGAGAGAUCCACCGCCAGAGAUAAUCAUCGGGACACUCGCCAGCGUCAGCCGGAUCAGAGGACAAGGCCUGCUGAGCAUUAUCACCCCAGCGCGGGUCCUUCGGAAAGCAUCAGGACCGAGGGUCAGGCUCAGUCGGGACUGAAGAGAAAAAGAGACGAUCAUGACGAUGUACGGAAGGAAAAGGAAGAAAUGACAGAUCCACUGGCAGAGAUGAUCAUUGUGACACUCGCCAGCGUCAGCCAGAUCAGAGGACAAGGCCUGCUGAGCUUUAUCACCCCAGCGCGGGUCCUUCGGAAUGCAAAUGAUUGUUGUAAAUGCUGUGAAAUCCAUACUGUUGCCUUACAGUCAGCAGAUCUAUAGAGCUGAACAUCUUUUAAGACAGUGCCACUAAACACCAAAUGAUGUUUACUUUAUCAUCCAUUUGUAUAAGUUUGCAGCCUUAAAGAAAAGAAAGAAAAAUACGUAAAAAAAAUACACAAUACAAAAUGUUUUAAAUCAAGUUAUUUUCUGAAAAAAUGUAAUUUACAAGUCAUCAACAACAUCGACAACCAGAAAUAAAAAAUAAAUAAAUGAAAAACCUGCUGUCGUUUCAAGUCUGUGUCGACUGCCAUAGAAUCCACUUCCUCCAUUUACUCUCCAUCUGUG